ACAAGUGCGAAAAAUAUUCAUCGAUGCUGUAAGUAAUCAAGUAAAUUUAAAAUAUUAAAAGUGAAGUGAUAAGUCGCAUUUGAUUACCAAGAGUUUUGCGAAGCUAGAAAUAAUACCGUUACGCCGAGAAAUCAUAAAAAAUGUGACCCAAUUUGAUGUGUGUACGUGUGCGCCGAAGGUAAAAGGAAAUAGCAGUGGAAGUGGAAGUGGAAGUCGAAUUGAAUAUUGCAAAAUAGGCUUCGCUUUGAGAGCUGGUUGCGUGCGCGGAAAUAUAUUAAAUUAUUUACUAAGCCAAAGAAGCUAAAAUGCUGCUUAAAUAUUGACAAUGUGAAGAGCGUGAAAAUCUAGAAGUGCUACUCAUAAAUUCUAAGCAAUUUCUAGAGGAAAACGCGAUUUUCUGCUGGCAAUUGCCAUCAAUUUUAUAUAAACUCGAGGAGAGAAUAGAAUAAAUUUUUGUAUUUUGUAUUUUGUUGGGAAAACCCAUAGGCAAAUACGUCCUGUGAAUGCGCCUAAAAGCCAGCUACAAUAGGCAAUGUGAAUAUCAGAACGCGUUCGUGUAUUUGUGUGUGUACGUGCAGAUUUGCAAAUCCGUUGGCAAACUCCACAAUUUAUUUUCCGCCUUAGCUUGCUUUGCUCACAUAAUUUUUUGCAUUUUGUUACAAUGGCGCACUGAUUUUAGAAGAGCAACAACAACAGCAACUGCACAACGAAACAAUACAGAAAGUCAAAAUACGCGUGAGAGAACUUUCGGUCAAGUGUGAGCAUAAGCGCCGAGCGUAAGUGUAGCAAGGAGCACCAGCAAAGCAAGCAGAGAGUCCUACGAGUGGGUUGUGCCACUGACAGCCACCAUAAUAACAACAAUACUCGUAUUUGCGGCAAUAAGAACAAUAAAAACCAGCAUAUUUUCAAUAGCAGCACAACCUCACACAGCUCCAUUACUUCACGUCCUUCGUUCAUUUACGCCCGAGAAAAUAUGAAGAUCAACACAAAGAUGGCAACCCCUAUUGAGGAAAAGGUUGAUCAAAAUUUGAAGAUCCGCACUGGCAUGGUAAAUGUCAGCGAUGGCAAAAGUAAACCAGAACCACUUAGACUGAAUUUAACUAUGGAACUAGUCACCUUACAAAGAUUAGAGGUAGUUACGCCAACAAAUCCUCAACACAAUGGGCCACCAAUGGAGUCAAAGGAGCGCAUGGUGCAGAUUACCCGUCAAAAGCAAGGCGGCCUUGGGCUGAGCAUAAAAGGCGGCGCCGAGCAUAAAUUGCCUAUUUUAAUAUCGCGCAUCUACAAGGAUCAGGCGGCGGACAUCACCGGACAACUAUUUGUUGGCGAUGCGAUAAUUAAGGUGAAUGGCGAAUAUAUCACAGCAUGUCCACACGAUGAUGCGGUUAAUAUAUUGCGCAAUGCCGGCGAUAUCGUUGUGCUGACGGUGAAGCAUUAUCGAGCGGCGACGCCAUUCCUGCAAAAGCAACUUGCCAAGGAGACGCCCGAUUCGGACAAUGAUGCAACAUGUGCGGAAUUAAAGGCUGACGAAGGCUACAAGUCCUCGGUAAAUAAUGGCACAAUAAGUCGCAGCUGCAGUCGUCCGAUGUCAAUUUGCUCGGAACCGGAGAAGAAAUGGGUGGAAGUGGUGGCAGUGCCGCUGAUGAUGGCCUAUGUAACGCGCUAUAUCUACGGCACCGAUAAGUUACGCCCCAAUGCGUUUGAAGUACGCGGCCUUAAUGGCGCCUCGACUGGCAUAAUACACUGUGAUGAUUUGGCCAUUCUCAGUCAAUGGCUUAAGUUGAUAACCGAUAAUGUUGUUGGAUUGACGCACUUACAAAUGAAGCUUUACAAUCGCAAUUUUGCCGUAGGCGAACGCAUCGAAUAUAUGGGCUGGGUGAAUGAGGGUGUCAUCAACAACAACAUCUCUUGGCAGAGCUACAAGCCACGCUUUCUGGUACUGAAAGGCACUGAAGUAAUGCUCUUUGAAACACCACCGUUAAAUGUCGCCGGUUUGUCGAAAGCAUUGGUGGCUUACAAAGUCUAUCAGACGAUGUUUCGGGUUGUGAAAGAAUCGGAAACGGUGGAUAGCCGUCAACAUUGCUUUCUGCUGCAGAGUUCUGGACAUGAGCCACGCUAUCUGAGCGUCGAAACGCGUCAGGAGUUGCUGCGCAUCGAGAAUAGUUGGAAUGCGGCCAUUGUGACGAGCGUAAUUAAAUUGGGCCGUAAAACUUUCGCCGUCUCACAUCACGGAAAAAGUGGUGGCCUGACGUUGGAUUGGCAGUCAGGUUUCUCGCUAGCGGAAGGCGCCGACUCGGCCAUCGUCUGGCAGUAUAAAUUUUCUCAACUGCGCGGCUCCAGCGAUGAUGGAAAAUCAAAAUUAAAACUACAUUUUCAGGAUCAUGAAACGCGUGCGAUUGAAACAAAAGAACUGGAAUGUCAAGUGCUGCAGAGUUUACUCUUUUGCAUGCAUGCCUUUUUGACCGCCAAAGUCGCUUCAGUUGAUCCAGCAUUUUUGAGUUCGAUACAACAAACCUAAAAUCGGCGCAUCUAAACGAAACCCAAAGCAAGUGAAGCGGAUUAAAUUCGUAUUGAUAUGCAAAAGCGGGGAAUCCAGUUUAAAUAGAGCGGAAAGAAAUUGAAAAAAAAAUAUUGUAUUGACAAAUUAACAAAAAGUAGGUACUUAAAAAAUUACUAACAAAACAAAAGCAAACAAACAAAGAAAUACAAAUAAGAAGAAAUAUGUAUUUAUAACUAAUAUUUAAAUAUGAAAAUGUAGCUUAAUAUUUAUACUUAUACUUUGGCAUAUACUUAUACUUACAUAUAGAUAUUUGAACCAAUUAUUAUAAAUACUUAGUAUGAAUAUAUUGAAUGCAUGCAUAAUUCACAUAAAUAGAUGUGUGCAAUAUUUGUAUAACUAACUACUCAUGCACGGCACUGAGAGUGUAUUAGUGUCGGGUGUAUAUCAGAUAUACGGACCUACCCAGUUAUGUUUGCAAAGUUACGUAUUCAGGGGAAGGAUAAGCAGCAGCGCGUUUGCAAAGCGGUUAGCGAUAGCUGCCCCCCUUUAUUAUGUAUUGAUCGUUAUGAAAAUUAGCUUGUUGUAAUGAGAUUAUCAAUAUAAUUACAUAGUUACGGAUUUUCUGAAUUAUUUGUUUCACAAUUUAAUGCCUUCACCUUUGAGUGGAUAUUAUACAUUUUGUGCACAGAAAAAAUAUUUCGCCCUGAAGCACUUACAUACAUAUACGAGUAUAAGUAGUAAAAAUGUUAUUUUAAUGCUUGUGAAGCGCUGAAUCUCCGAUGUUUUAAAGAAUUAUACGGAAAAAAAAAUCUACAGAAUUCGAACAAUUUGCCUUUCCUCAUAGAUUAACCAACUAUCAGUGCUACUUAAAUUUAAUAACAUUGAUUCUGGAUGCAACAGAUGAACGAAUAUCGUAACACUUUCCAUAACUACACUGAUGCAUAACUUUAUACAAACAAGAACUCUUCUCCACUUAGCAACGGUUACUUCCCUGUAUUGUACCUAUGAAAUGUUUAAAACUAUUUAUUUCCCCAUUUUAUGUGCAUUAGUGGCAAAAAAAACAGAUAAUUUUUUGCAUUUAUAAGUAUAAAAUUAUCUGAAUUCAAACGGUGUUUGCCAUUAGUUGAGCAGCCAUAGUCAAUGAACUGAGCGGCAAAAAAUUAUAUACUCCGACGUUAUGAAGUUUUAUUAUAGUAUAACGGUGCUAAAGGUUCAAUUUCGAUAAUUUUUAUGGAUAAAAUUGUUAGUAAAAAAUAGAAAAAAAUUAAGAGGCAAU